AUGAGGGGCAUAUGGGCAGAAAGCUGCCGCAAAUUUAAAAUUAUGAACCAACCUGUCAUCCUUUAUGCCUUAGAACGGCGCCAAAACGGCGCCAAGAAUGUGUUUCUCACUAAGUCAGAUGUAGAGGGCAUCAUCCGGAUCAAGCAGGGCGACCAGCAGGCGCCCUCAGGCCGGCGGCGGCGGGGUGCGGGAGGGGGGGCGGCAGUGCAGGGCGGCACCAAGAACUACAGCAAGAAGGUGCUGCAGUUCUUCCAGGUGCUGAAGGGCGCUGGCGGUCAGGACAUCCUGUGCCGCUGCGUCAAGCGCAGCGGAGAGUGGCGGUGGUGCCCCGUGGUGCCGCUCGAGGAGCUGCCCCGAGUGAUCAAGGAGCACCACGAGCGGGCGACUGGCUUCAGCGGUGUGGAGAAGCUGUACACACAUAUCAAGCGGCCCUUUGGCGUGACCAUGUACCGGCUGCGGAGCGGAGCUGGAGUGGUGGAGGGUAUGCAUCAGGCCAGCAGGCUAUCUAAGGCGCCACCCAGCCUGGCCAGCGAGCUGACCUUCAGCGGCACGGCGCAGCGAGGAGUGCCUGUGGUGUCUCUCAAUGUGGCGAUGGCGGCGCAGCCCGGCGGCGGCAAGGCAGCCGUGCGCUGCGGCUGCCGCGGCGCCUGCACCCGGAACUGCAGCUGCAAGAAGAAUGCUGCCGCGCUGCCGCUGCCGCUGCCGCCGCCUCACGAGCUCUGGCAGCACGCUGUCGUGACCUCGGAUAAGGACCUUUUCGUCGUGUACGCUCUCAAGGCCUUGGAGUCUUACAACUAUUUCUCCUUGUCGCGCUGCCUGACCCUCUAUCUGACUGAGGAGUUUGGUGUCAGCGACUACCGGGCAGGCUUUUUUUACGGCGUGUGGGGAACCCUGCUGACUGCCUAUGGGUUCCUGCUGGGCGGUGCUAUCGAUUACCUAGGUGUGCGUCGCUCCCUGGUGCUCAGCUUCCUCCUCAACUGCUCCAGCAGGCUGGUCAUGGCAGCCACACAGUCCAGGACGCUGCUGCUGAUCAUGCUGCUGGGCCCCAAUUGUAUUGCCGGCAGCUUGGGCGUGCCGGUGAUGACCAUCGGGAUCAAGCGAUACACACAUGAGGGCAACCGCGGCUUUGCCUUUGCCCUGUUCUACACCCUGAUGAACUGCAGCGCGUUGACUCAGGUUGCAUAA